AUGGCGGAGGCUUCCUUCGGGAGUUCCAGCCCAGUUGGGUCUUUGUCUUCGGAGGAUCAUGACUUUGACCCUACGGCUGAGAUGCUGGUCCAUGACUACGAUGACGAAAGGACUCUGGAAGAAGAGGAGAUGAUGGACGGGGGUAAAAACUUCAGCUCUGAAAUCGAAGACUUGGAAAAGGAAGGAAACAUGCCUCUGGAAGACCUGCUGGCCUUCUACGGCUACGAGCCCGUGCUGCCCGCCGUGGUGGAGCCCAGUGCCAACAGCUGCCCGAGUGAACUUGCCGAUGAGCUGCCGGACAUGACCCUGGACAAGGAGGAGAUAGCCAAGGACCUGCUGUCCGGGGACGAUGAGGAGACCCAGUCCUCCGCCGACGACCUGACGCCGUCCGUGACGUCCCACGAGGCCCCUGACUUCUUCCCGCGGCCGCUGCGCUCAAAUACUACUUGUGAUGGAGAUAAAGAGUCAGAGACUGAAGAUGCUGAAGCAGACAAUGGUAACUCACCUGAAGAUCUGAGGAAGGAAAUAAUGAUCGGUUUACAGUAUCAGGCCGAGAUCCCCCCUUACCUUGGAGAGUAUGAUGAUAAUGAGGAAGAGUCUGAGGACGGAGACCAGCUCCUCUGGCGUCCGGGCGUGGUUGCAGAGAGCCAGGUGGAGGAGUACCUGGUGGAGGCCGCACUCCGAACCGGGAAUGAGAAGAUGGUGGACAGGUCUUCUGCCGGCGCACUUGUCAGGGACAGUGAGCAGGCCUUGUACCAACUGCUCCGGAGUGACCACAACGUGCAGGAGGCCGUCCAGAGGCACUGUCGCAGCGGGAAGGCCUCUCAGGGAAUGGCUGCCUGGACAGAAGAGGAGUGCCGAAGCUUUGAACAUGCACUCAUGCUGUUUGGAAAAGACUUUUAUCUGAUACAGAAGAACAAGGUGAGAACCAGAACGGUGGCCGAGUGCGUGGCGUUCUACUACAUGUGGAAGAAGUCGGAGCGCUACGACUACUUCGCCCAGCAGACGAGGUUUGGGAAGAAGCGCUACAACCACCACCCUGGAGUGACGGACUACAUGGACCGCCUGGUGGAUGAGACGGAGGCGCUGGGCGGGGCCGUCAGUUCUCCCGUCUUAACCGCCAGCCGCCCAGAGCCUGUUUCUGACCCGCAGCUGAACAUCCUCAACUCCUUCUCCGCAGGCGACCUGACAGCUCUGACCGGCAGCGCAGCCACCCCCGGGUCCGUGAGCUGCCUGGACGAGGGCUUCCCCCCGCUGGGCAGCCUGCCCCGCGGCCCGGUGACGCCCGUGCCCGUGGCGACGGAGGAGCUGCUCACCCUGCCCAGCCACGGGGAGAGCGACUGCUUUAACUUGUUUGAGACGGGCUUUUACCACUCGGAGCUCAACCCCAUGGCCCUGUGCAGCGAGGAGCCAGAGAGACCAGCCAAGAGGUUGAAGAUGGGCCUGGCAGUCCCGGAGCCCUUCCUGAGCGAGGUUUCCGUGAGCAGCCUAGGCGUGGACUUCGAGAGCCACACGCACCACAUCGCCAGCGCCAAGAUGGCCGUGUCCGUGGCGGACUUUGGCAGCCUGUCUGCCGGCGAGUCCAACGGCUUCCUCAGUGCCCAUGCCCUGCACCCGCACGCCGCCCUCCACUCCGAGUGA